AUGCGACGAAACGUCGUUCUUCUCUACUUUGUGCUUUUUGUGAGUAGCUCAUGGGCUGUAGUGGCUGCAGAACGGCGAACCAUAAAGCUGUCUCUGGGUGCUGAGGCGCAAUCGGCUUUCACCGGACGGCGAUUCGCAAAAGUGUUGGAUGUGCCGAGGGGAGGAGGGUGGUUUGUUCCGGCCGGAUGGAAUCCCUUUGGCUAUAAAAUAACUACGCUAGGGGAUGAAUUCUUGUCCUACGAUGGUUCUUUAGACUGUGACGUCGGUCGUUUCUUAGCUAGUUUAAAAAAUCGCAAACGAUUUUCCGACAUCAAGAGCAACUGGUUGGAAAUUGUGCGAGUGGCGAAAACAGGACAAGCUAUGCGAAUCUAUAAGAACCUGCAGGACAUGAUUCAGUUAUGCCUCAAAGCAGGCCUUAUCGACUAA